GGCCAAGAAGGAAGUUCUGUGCCGACCAACAUGACGAGCGUGAACGACGUGGCGCUAGAAGAGGUCAAGCCCGCGAGCAGCGGUAGCGGUCCCGACCAGUGGAUUGAGAAUCUGCGCAAUGGCAAAGUGCUGAGCGAGCUGGAGCUCAAGCAGGUGUGCGAGAUGGUCAAGAUGCUACUCAUCGAGGAGUCCAACGUGCAGCCCGUGAGCAGCCCCGUGACGGUCUGCGGUGACAUCCACGGCCAGUUCUUCGAUCUUCUUGAGCUUUUCCGUUGUGGUGGCGACAUCGAAAACACGAACUACAUUUUUAUGGGCGACUUUGUGGACCGCGGACACAACAGUGUGGAGACUUUCGAGCUGCUGCUAUGCCUUAAGGCGCGCUACCCAGACCGCAUCACACUGCUGCGUGGCAAUCACGAGUGUCGGCAGAUUACGCAGGUCUAUGGCUUCUACGAGGAGUGUGUGCGUAAAUAUGGCAAUGCCAAUCCGUGGAAGUACUGCACGGACGUGUUCGAUUACCUCAACCUGGCUGCCAUCAUUGACGGACGUGUGCUCUGCGUGCACGGCGGUCUGUCGCCUGAGAUCCGAUCGCUGGACCAGAUCAGGACAAUAGAGCGCCAGCAGGAGAUCCCCCAUGAAGGAUCUUUCUGUGACCUCAUGUGGUCUGAUCCAGAGGACAUUGAGACGUGGGCUAUGAGUCCGCGGGGCGCUGGAUACCUUUUCGGUGCCAAGGUUACGCAGGAAUUCAACCAGAUUAAUGGACUCGACCUCAUUUGUCGUGCGCAUCAGCUCGUGCAGGAAGGAUACAAGUACAUGUUCGACAAUAGCCUCGUGACCGUCUGGUCUGCGCCUAAUUACUGCUACCGAUGCGGUAAUGUUGCAGCCAUCCUGUCGUUCGACGAAAACCUCGAGCGUGAUUUCAAAUUGUUCCGAGAGGUUGCCGAGUCUGCGGAUGGCUUCAACCAGCGUGCGCUAGUGCCGUACUUCCUGUAAAGUGGUUGUCGGGUACGGUUCGUCGACGAUGUCUCGCACGCUGCGAUCAGCGCCUUGCGUCUUGCUUGCCAUCAUCUGAUUUACUUGCUUUUUGAGCUCGCCAC